AUGACAGUAAACCAAUCGGCAACCAGCACGCUUGAUCGGGUUCUAAAAGAUAACGCCAAAUACCUCAAUAACAAAAGGAAUAAGGAGGACCAUCAUGACCAGGGUGCUACUGUCUCACGGCUGUUCCGCUACGCUGGCUGUUCCGAUGUCUUCCUGAUGACUCUGGGCACCACAGCAUCUCUCGUCAACGGCAUCAUGUUGCCCUUCACAUCGCUACUCUUUGGAGAUCUUACCUCGGCAUUUGUAUCACAGGAGAAAUACGCAAAAGAUCCCAGAUAUUUGAACAACACAGCACUGAGUUACGAAAAUAUAUUCGCAAGGUACCAGCCAUUACCUGCAUUAGAAGAAUCUUACGGAAAUAGGGGUGUUCCAGAAGAUUUCAUCAAUCUGAAAGUGUUUUUGGAUUUAACACAUCGCUAUGGAUCGCUGUAUGCUAUCAUUGGAAUAGUUGUCUGCUUCCUUAGCUUUCUUCAGAUAUUAUGCUGGGAAAUGGCUUGCUGCAACCAGAUCUGUAAGAUUAGGCAGAUAUAUUUCGCCCAGACCCUCCGCCAGGACAUGACGUGGUAUGAAGAGAGAGGGAAUGAGGACUUGACCAACAAGAUUACUGAUGAUAUGGAAAGGAUGAAGGAUGGACUUGGCAGUAAGGUCCCAAUCUUGGUCCAAUCUGUGUCCCUGUUGCUGUCUGGUUUGACAGUCGGCUUCUUCACCAACUGGAGGCUGACACUUGUACUCAUGAUCAGCGGUCCGAUACUUGUUGCCAUUUCUGGAUACACUGCUAAGGCUGGUUCUGAAAUCGCAGCUCGGGAGCAGUUACGUUAUGGUAUUGCUGGAGGGAUAGCUUCCCAGGCAUUGGCAUCAAUAAAGACUGUAAAUGCAUUCGGUGGUGAGCAAUUCAGAGAUGCAGUGUUGAAAGGCAAAAAUCUGGCAAUGAAAAAAUACUAUCCACUCUCCGUCAGCUUAGCUCUCUCUAUGGGUUUAGUCUAUUUCCUUUACGGCUUUGGUCUUUGGUAUGGUUCACAGCUCUUUCUCAACCAUCUAUUGAUACCUGGUCAAUUGUUUACAGUAUUGAUGAGCGUUAUAACUGGUGCUAUUGGAAUCGGAAACUCACUGCCCAACAUUAUUGAGAUAAGUGCAGCAAUUGGAUCGGCUGGAAUUGUACUAGAUAUUAUUGACAAUAUACCUAAAAUUGAUCCAUAUUCUAAGGAAGGAUUCACAAUUGAAAAUAUAAAAGGGGUCUUAUCUGGUCUAAACUUAACGAUUCCUGCUGGCAAGACAGUUGCAAUAGUUGGAUCUAGUGGUUGUGGGAAGAGUACUCUAGUCAAUCUCAUUCUAAGGUUCUUUGAUCCACUUUCUGGUAAGGUUUUUGUUGAUGGCUACGAUCUACUCAAUCUGAACAUACAAAAAUUGAGACAAGAAAUAGGAGUUGUAUCACAAGAACCUGUUCUCUUUGAUGUUUCCAUAAAAGAAAAUAUAAGGUAUGGCAAACCAGAGGCGACUGAUGAAGAGAUUGAAGAAGCAGCCAAACUAGCAUUUGUGCAUGUAUUCAUUGAAGCUCUUCCUCAGGGUUACAAUACUCUGGUUGGGGAGCGAGGAGUCCGAAUAUCUGGUGGCCAGAAGCAAAGAAUUGCAAUCGCUAGAGCUCUCUUGAGGAAGCCCAAGAUCCUUCUCUUAGAUGAGGCCACUUCUGCUCUUGAUUCUCACAGUGAAACAAUUGUUCAAGCUGCUUUAGACAACGCGUCAAAGGAUAAGACAACAAUUAUAAUUGCGCAUAGGCUAUCAGCCAUACACAAUGCAGAUAUAAUUUUCACAUUGAAGGCAAGUAAACUUUUUUAA